AUGGCGCCGCAGCAGAACACCUUCGCCGUCAUUCCAGACGCCCCCGGGCGCGUCGGUGGCCCCGCGAACAGGCCGCCGAUGACAUCGAAGCAGGCUCAGAAGCUAUACAAGCAGGCGAACAAGGAACCGAGACGAUCCAAGACUGAACAACGGAAAUGGGAGAAGGAGAAACAAGAGGAGAUUCGCAAGGAGCUCGAAAAGGAGCGCGCGGCAGUCAAGGCCAAGGCAGCGAGAGAACGAAAAAAGGCCAAGGAAGAGGAGGCCCGAGAGAACAGGCGAAGGGCUGGGCAGCCUCUGUUUGACUGUCGACCAAGUCAAGACACGAUCGCGCGUUUCGUACGAGGAAAUGGUUCGCACAAGAAGAGAGAUUCAUCUGGAGAACCGAUACCAAAGCCCGAGACUGCCUCUGCCGCCUUGGCCGAUAUCAAGCCGAAUAACUUGGCGUCAACCGCGGCUUCCAAGCCUCCUCUUCAAAUCGAGUCAUCAGAAGAGAGAAAACCCUCAAUUGGCUCCAUGGCACCACCUUCUCGUCCCUCACAGAUAACAAAGUCGGCCAUGUCAUCUGUUCAAGGCGCAACUACUUGUGAAAGACAACCUUCGGCUGAAGGAGUCGUGCCGAAGCCAAUAGACAAAGAUGCUCUCACACGACAGCCCCUGAAGCCGCUAUUCACGGCACCAGAAAAGGCCCCAGCUGUAAUGGCUUCCAUUGGACCUCCUCCACGACCUGCUGUGAAGGCCAAAUCAAGGCCUUUCAUGAUGCCGAAGGCGACAUUACCAACCCAUCAGCCACCUCGGCACAAAAUUUUCAAGCAAAAGCCGUCUCUCCAGCCUUCUAUCCAGAUCAAAACAGAGGUCUCCCUGCCAAAAGAGUUGCCAUUCCCAAAGUCUGCACCGCCAAAGUCAUCAACGGCGAUGCCUCCGCCUCCAGUACCAUCACAGAAGCCCAGAGUAGAGGCUGCAGAAGACACAGCGCCGACGGACAUUCCCAUACCAAUAAAUGCACCAUCACCAGGAGUCCGAUCGAAACAAAUUCUACCGCCACCAAGGCCAUCAAUACCGCAGAUGCCUCUACCAAGCACACAAGCAAUCGUGCAAAAUUGUUUCGAUGACUUCUUCCCCACAGCCUCACAACUCGCUGUAGAGCUUGAAGAGGAUUUCGAUGGAGCUCAAACUGCACUGCCUUCACGUCUGAGUGCUCCCAUACCAAGCAAAGCUCCUGCUCAGGGGUCUACCGGACCUCUCAGUCGACCGAAGGAGACAGGGAGCCUGGCGAACGAAAGAAACUUACCACCAGCAAAGAGCAACUUCUCGGCCAUACAAAACCAUGAAAGCAACUUGAGUUCGCGGCAUAAACAGAUAGCCAACCUAGGGACACAUGUCCGUGCAACACAACCACCAACCUCUAUUACCAACAAACUCCAGACCCGACAUGGGCUGGCUCAAAAGGAGCAGAUUCAGAAACAACAGCAGCAGAAAUACAUGAUGCCUCGAGCGGUUUCUGGCCCAAAAUUGAUCACACAUGGUGUGAUUGCAGCAGCACACAGUACGCCUCUAGUCAAGCGGCAGGGUGCUCCGCCACUCAUUGCACCCAACCGGUUUCCAAAUCGUGGCAUUCUUCAGGAAAUCAGUAGCAACCACCGGCCUGCACCAAAACCUACAGUUGCAAAGGCUUUGCAUGUUUUUGACGACUUUUUCCCCUUGAUCUGCACUCAGGACCUGAUGAUGUCCUCUCAGGAGGUGCUGGAUAUAGAAUCCCCGGCCAAAGCAAUGACACAGUCAUCUUCAGGUGGACCGGUAACAAAUUCUGCCUCGUCACUCAUUGAGAUGGAUUUGGGUUCUAUAGAUUGGGAUGAUGACUUGGAUGAUUUUUGA